AUGGCCUCCCAGCUAACCGGCCCUUGCGACGCUGCACAGGCACAGGGGCAGCCAAUCUACGACACAGACGGCCACGAGCUGACAAAGAACAACCUCUACCAGAUCCUACCGGCCGACCGCAACAUGAGCGGCCUAUGCCUCUUCGCUGCCAGCAUAGCUCCGGUCGACUGCCCUAUGCGUGCGGUCAUAGCUCGGUGCUGGCCCAAAGGGGGCAACGCUGUGAUGAUUAUGCCGGCGGAGGAGAGUGGCGGCUCCGUGCCCCGCCUCUCGAGCGACCUCCUACUCACCUUCAAGAACAUCAUCAACAUGUGCAUGAUGGAGCUCCAGUGGCACAUCAAGGAUUACAUCAGCACGGACCAGAUGCACGUCACCGUCGGCUUCAAUCUUGGGGCGCCGGUGCCAUCGAAGAUAGAGAGGAGGAAUAAAUUGUUCCGGUUCCGUGCAGAGAGACACAACAACGGGUACAAGCUGGCGUCGUGCCACAAGGAGCCGUGUCGCGAUCUGGUCUUGUACGAUUACGAGGGAUAUAGGUGGCUAACCGUGGAUAAAGAUGGGCGCCAGCCUUUCGUGAUCGUUUUCAAGAAGUGCCCUUCGCCUUGCAUUCCUAGUUCAAUGUCUCAUGUGGUCAUACCUAAUUAA